AGCUAUCCAAGCUUUGGGCUGGGCUUUGGGCUCCCCUUUUGAAGGGCAAACAGAAGAGUGGCAUGCAGCAGCAGCGGGUUCCCCGCCAAACUCGCGGGCGUCCUCAAUUUUCGCGCCAUUCUCUCUUAUCCCACCGCCACCGCCACCACCAGGCCAUUGGUUGACGCCAUCGACGCCAUGCCCUCGUCCUCCACCUCCGCCACGACCAGGACCAGCACCGCCCGGAGAUGUCGUACACGUUCCCCACGCAGCCCAUCGUGGCACCGGCGAAGAAGAAGGACACACGCAAGGACGCCGCCGACGCUGCCGUGAAGCACUGCAACCCGCUGUCGUCGACAGAGCACGGGAGGGCGGCCGUCGCCGUCGACGGCGACAGGGGCAGCCAGUACGCGCUCAAGUGGGCCGCCGACAACAUCCUCUCCCGCGCCCGGCCGUUCUUCCUCAUCCACGUCCGCCGCAAACCCACCUUCCUCCAGGGUCCCGGUGGCAAGCAGUUCGCCAUAUCACACGUACAGGAUGACAUUCCGGCCGAUUUGCAUGCUCAGUUGGAUCUUCAGGCUAAAGAUCUGAUGAUCCCCUUCCAGUGUUUCUGCAGCAGGAGAGGGUUGCAAUGCAGGGAAAUUGUCCUGGAUGGAACAGAUGUGUCGAAAGCGAUUGUUGAUUUUGUUGUGAGUAACAAGGUCGAUAAGGUAGUACUGGGGGCAGCAUCCAGGAAUGCAUUUACAAGAACAAUAUGGAAAUUGGAUGUGCCAACAUCUGUCACAAAAUCUGCGCCGAGCUACUGUUCAGUGUAUGUGAUAGCGAAAGGAAAGAUUUCUUCUUUUAGGCCUGCCACUUAUGCAAAUGAUACAGGCAAAGAAGAUUUGAAAUCUGAUCUGCCUAAACACAAUCUUCCAAGUUCUGAUGAAUCAACAGAAGGUGGAAGCUUCACGUCAUCAGAUCAACAACGGCACAGCGACGACUCUUCAUCUGUACAAACAGCAUCUUCAUGCCCAAGUGGAUUCCUAAACGACGUUGAUCAACAUGGCUAUCAUUUGUCUCCAGAAUAUUCUCGGCCAUAUAGACAUCCAUUGCUUUCUCUGAAUACGGACAAUGAACAAGCAUCUCAUGCUCCACGUAGACGAUUCCUGGGAUUUGAUGACUCAAGCCUCAAGGAUAGCACUCUAAAUCCUGGAUACAAUGUGUACAGUCCACUGUCUCCAACGAAAGAUGAUGAAGACGAACUAAGUCUCUUUAGGAUCGAACGGAAGCAAAAGAAUGGCGAUAUGCUUCCACGGAAUAAUUACGCAGAGGAACACAAGGAGAUGGCCAGAAACCCAAAAGGCUCUUCCAUCCCUCCAUCUCACAGAAACAAACCAGAGGCAGAGGCAGAAGCAUGUUCUCAGUCAGCAAUUGGACCAAAGCAUAAACUCCUGACCCUCGACCCUCCACCUCGUGACGCUCAACGUGGAGAAAGGAUUACAGAGGAGUUUAAAGAUCAUGAUUCGCAGGAAGUCAUUCACCCGUUCUUGAGACGCUGGCCACCGAUUAGCUCGCCUAGAGACGACACCAUGAACGGGUCUACUCCGGAAGAGACUCGCAAGCUUGACCUCAAGCUUAAAGCCUUGCCAAGGCCAAUUGAGACUAAAAGGAUGCUAGAGUGCCUGCCUACUAGGCUCGAGUGCAGAAUAUUUACCGCAGACGAUAUCACGAACGCGACUAAUCAUUUCGCCGACGAGCUGAAGAUUGGGGAAGGAGGUUAUGGACCUGUCUACAAGGCCACACUUGACAACACUCUUGUUGCCAUCAAGAUCCUCUAUUCUAAUAUAACUCAGGGACUCAAGCAGUUCCGACAGGAGGUUGAGCUGCUGAACAACAUUCGUCACCGGAACAUGGUGCACCUGGUCGGAGCGUGCCCGGAGUACGGGUGCCUGGUGUACGAGUACAUGCCGAACGGCAGCCUGGAGGAGCGGCUCUUCUGCCACUCCGGCACGCCGCCGCUGCCAUGGCAGCUCCGGUUCAGGAUCGCCGUGGAGAUCGCGAGCGGCCUGCUGUACCUGCACAAGAUGAAGCCCGAGGCGUUCGUGCACCGCGACCUCAAGCCGGGCAACAUCCUCCUUGACGGCAACUUCGUGACCAAGAUCGGCGACGUCGGGCUGGCGCGCAUCAUCCCGCGGUCCAUGGACGGCGCCGCGGCGACGACGCAGUACCGGGAGACGGCGGCGGCGGGCACCUUCUGCUACAUCGACCCGGAGUACCAGAAGACGGGGCUGGUGUGCACCAAGUCCGACGUGUACGCGCUGGGCGUCAUCUUCCUGCAGAUGGUCACCGCCAGGGAGGCCAUGGGGCUGGCGUACGCCGUCUCCGACGCGCUGGAGGAAGGCACGUUCGCCGACCUCCUGGACGGCAAAGUGACCGGCUGGCCCGUGCAGGAGGCGCAGGCGUUCGCCGAGAUCGCGCUCAAGUGCUGCGAGAUGCGGCGCAGGGACCGGCCGGACCUGGAGACCGUCGUCAUGCCCGAGCUCAUCCGGCUGCACCGGCUCGUCUCGCCGUCGGAAUAUUCUUCUUCUUCUUCCUCACUUCCUCCUUCCAUGGAUCAAGCUCAUCACCGUUCAGCAAGUGACAAGGAAUUGUGUUUGGAUAAUGACCUGGUUGACAUUCUGAGUGACGGGAAAUUGAAGGGAGGAGCAUCGUUCGCAAUAUAAACGUGACGAUCGAGGACCAGAAGUAGGUCUAAUUGUCUAUAUGUGCCUUACACUGGAAUCUGCUGUUGUUCUAUAAAUCUUCUGUAAACAUAUACCGCCUUAGCCUGGAAGUUUUUUCGGUGACUAAAGUAUGAAUGUCUGGCCAUUUUAUUCUGGAAAUGUGUAAAGAAGAACAAGUUUUUUUUUUGUUUUUUUGUGAAUCAGGAGAGGAGGGGUUGCCCCCUGCUCCUGUGUCUCUCUUGUUUGUCAGUUCAACGCAGAUUCUUUUGUUGGUGGGUACGAUGGAAGAUACUUUUUGUAAGGAGCUAGUACCUGAGAAAAUAUGAUGGUAAAGCUUCCCAUGCAUAUAGUAAAAAGAAAAUGUUGUA